AAAAGUGAACGAAACUUUUGUCUCAAGACUUUUGCAACAGAGGUUAUUUUAUUUAAUACAUUUAGAUUAAAAUUUUUCUAGGCAAAGCAUUUAGUUCUGUUGCUUUAAUUCAAAAUCUUGAUGUUUUAUUGGGUACAGUUGCUUGUAUUCAAAUUUAUCGUGCAUCGAUUAAUAUUUUUGCUGGUCUUGUUUUUAUUUUUGGUGUCGGUACAAGAUUAAUUGCAUUAAUACUCAUUCUUGUACAAAUAUUUCGUAUCAGGCAUUCACCACAAUUAUCAAAAUCUGAUAUUGAAAAUAGUACUUUGAAUGCAGCACAACGUGCUAUGUUAUCUGAAUAUAAAAUGGAUAAUUUACCAGCUGCUUUACGUAUGUCACAAAUUAUACCAAAAUUUCAACCACCAAAAAAAUUUAAUUUAACACAAAUAGCAAAAGAUUUACAUGAUUUUGGUAUUCAUAGUCUAAAAGAUGAUAAACAUAUUGAAGGUUUACCAUUAGAACGUGAUGGAAUGAUAGAUCCAGAUUUUCAUAAAGAAAUAUUUUUGGGUAAUCAUGAAUUAUUUGAAACAGAUAUUCAAAAUGAUGAAAAAAAACGAAAUAAAAAAUUAGAAGAGAUAUUUAAUGAAGCAGAUGUUGAUCAUGAUCAACAUGUAUCAAAAGAUGAAUUACUUAAUUAUGUAUUAAGAAAUGUAAAUAAACAUAUACAAGAAGCUAAAGAUCGAAAUUCACAAUUGUUUUUAUUAAUUGAUUCAAAUCAAGAUGAAAAAUGA